AUGUCUUCAACUCACCCAGUUGCUCUUUAUGCCGUGAAGGUGCCGCCAGGCGGUAUCAUGAUACCUGCCGGAGCAGAUGCCUCUGCUAUGUUCCGCGUCACAAUGGCUGCUAUCGACCCCGAUGCUCCACCUGAGUUUGAUGCCGAGACGGAGGGCAAGCCACCACGUGCGACAUUGAAGAUCGUCCGCCCUCCUCCAGGAAUGGAUCUUGAGGAUGAUUCGGACGAUGAUGAUUAUGAGGAUGGUGACGAGGAUGAAGACAUGGAAGAUUCGGAGGACGAGUCUAAUGGAGGACCUAGUGACCCUGCCAAGUUGAAGCAAGCUAGACAAGCGGCUGCAUUGAAAGAUUCUGACGAUGACGGCUCAAAUGGAGAGGAUGUCGACCUCAAAGCCGCUAUUUCGAAGUUAAUAAAGGGUAAAGAUAGGGCUACUGGUGAUGAUGACAGUGACAGUGACGUUUCUGAGGGACUUGAAAUGGAAGAGGUCGUUGUUUGCACCCUUGAUCCUACAAAGACUUGCCAACAACCCCUUGACUUCGUCGUUGGAGAGCACGAACGCAUCUUUUUCAAGGUCACUGGUACCCACUCUGUUUACAUUACUGGUAACUAUGUCAUGCCCUCUCAUGAUCACGAAGAUAUGGACGAUAGUAGUGAUGAAGAGGACGAAUAUGGCGACUACGAUCUUAGUCCUGAUGAAGACGAAUUGGAUCUGAUGGAUGAGGACGAGGAGAGCGAUGAGCUGGAUGAUAUGGAUGAUCCCCGUAUCACGGAGAUUGACUCUGACGAAGAGGAAGCUGAAAAGGCUGCCGCCAAGAAGAAGGGAAAGAAACGCCCCGCCGAAGAUUCCGGGGAUGAAGGUGCUAACUUGGACGACCUCAUGUCAAAAGCUCUCAAAUCGGGAUCCCAGCCAACUACUAACGGCGUGACAAAGCUUAGCAAGAAGCAGCAGAAGAAGUUGAAGAAAAACAAUGGCGAGGCCGUGGAGAUCCCGGCAAAGACAUCAGAGCCAGCCAAGUCCGACAAAAAGGUUCAAUUUGCCAAAAAGCUUGAGCAAGGCCCUACUCCUUCACCUCCAAAGAAGGAUGGUGAGAAGAAGGAUGGAGAUAAGAAGACACCUGCUACCGGCACCCUCGGCGUCAAGGAGGUCCAAGGAGUCAUACUUGAUGAUAGGAAGCUUGGAUCUGGCCGUGUUGCCAAGAAAGGAGAUCGGGUAUCCAUGCGAUAUAUCGGAAAACUUGAAAAUGGCAAGGUUUUUGAUGCAAACAAAAAGGGGCCACCAUUCUCCUUUAAGCUUGGCAACGGAGAAGUGAUCAAAGGCUGGGACAUCGGCAUCCCCGGCAUGUCAGUUGGAGGGGAACGAAGAGUGACAAUUCCAUCACAUCUUGCUUACGGCAAACAAUCGCUCCCAGGAAUCCCCGCUAACUCAAAACUGAUUUUCGAUGUCAAACUUCUAGACAUUAAAUAGAGGGAGAGAAAGAGGUGGUGGUCCUCCCUUUUCUUGAAAUUUUUUAGGUUCAUUUGUCUUCUCCAAAAGCUUCCUGUUCAUCAUUCGGCCAACUUAUUGUUUUCGACCUGGCCAUAUUUGUUAUAUCUGUCCAUUUUCUCUCUCGACCUCCUUUACCCCUGGAUUUUUCUUUUCUUUUUUCUUCGGUUGCCUUUUUAUUCUUCCCUUUGAGUUAUUUAAUGUUCUGGUAGUCCAUUUCCCUCUGGCCUCUUGGGUCAAAGCACCUUAGAUAACUUGUACAUUGCGCUGGGCAUUUAUCAGAGACGAUGAUAUCAUAACGGAGUUGGCAAAGGAGCUGGUUAUACUACUUCCG